AUGAGGCCGGCAUUCGCCCUUUGCCUCCUCUGGCAGGCACUCUGUCCCAGACCCGGCUGCGGUGAGCAUCCCACCGCUGACCGUGCCCGCUGCUUGUCCUCGGGGGCCUGCUACAGUCUGCAUCACGCUACCAUUCAACGUCCGGCGGCCGAGGAGGCCUGCAGCCUGCGCGGCGGGGCGCUCAGCACCUUGCACAGAGGUCCCGAGCUGAGCGCUGUGCUCGCCCUCCUGAGGGCAGGCCCGGGGCCUGGAGGGGGCUCCAAAGACCUUUUAUUCUGGGUCGCGCUAGAGCGCAAGAAGUCCCACUGCACCCAGAAAAACCAGCCGCUGCGGGGUUUCUCCUGGCUGUCCCCCGACGGCGGCGGGUCGGAAAGCGAGACGCUGCAGUGGGUUAAGGAGCCCCAACUCUCCUGCACAGCGCGGAGUUGCGCAGGCCUUCAGGCCACCAGGGGAGUCGAGCCCGCAGGCUGGAAGGAGAUGCGCUGUCACCAGCGCGCCGACGGCUACUUAUGCAAGUACCAGUUCAAAGGCUUGUGCUCCGCGCCGCGCCCUGGGGCUGCCUCCAAGUUGAGCUACCGCGCUCCCUUCCAGCUGUACAGCGCGGCGCUGGACUUCAGUCCGCCGGGGACCGAGGUGAGUGCGCUCUGUCCCGGGCAGCUCUCGGUCUCGGCCAAGUGCGUCACAAACGAGGUCGGUACGCACUGGGACGGGUUACCCUCCAGAGGCGUGCUCUGCCCUUGCCAGGGGAGGUACCUCCGUGCUGGCAAAUGCGCUGAGCUCCCUAACUGCCUAGAUGACCUGGGAGGCUUUACUUGUGAAUGUGCUGAGGGUUUUGAAUUGAGUAAGGACGGCCGCUCUUGUGUGACCAAUGGGGAAGGACAGACGACCCCUGGGGAGACCAAAGUGGCUACUAGGCGGUCACAAGUCACUACAGCCAGCCCUGUGCCAAGGAGAACAGGGUCACCCACAGGCAACGAGACACCAGGAGAAAUACCACUUGGCUCUGAACAAGGCAGUUCAGCUACAUCUAUUCCGGAGAUUAUUUGGUGGGGCGCACAGAGUACGUCGUCUACCCUUCAGAAGUCCCAUCAAGUCAACUUAAAGGAUGCCAUCACUCCUUCAGGAAGUGUAAUUCCCUGGUUUAACUCCACAUCUUCCUCUGCCACUCCCCACAUUUUUGACUCCUCCUCCACUGUGGUCUUCCUACUUGUGGGCAUAGCGGUUGUGGUGUUGGUGAUCUUGACUAUGACAAUGCUGGGGCUUUUCAAACUCUGCUUUCACAAGAGUCCUCCCUCCAGCCCCAGGAAAGAAGAUUUGGCCACAGCAGAAGUGGAGAGGGAUGCUGGUGCCUCCACUUAGCGCUCCGAUUCUGCACAUUGCGCAGACUGUGUGGUGAAGGUUGGGGACUGUGGACUUCGGGACAGGGCAGAAGUGCCCCCCCCCCGGUUUGAUCCUCUUUUGGCUCUGGAGGGGUGUAGGGAAACGUGA